AAUCCUUUUAAACGGUUCCAACACUCAGUAUUUACAUAUAAAUAUUGCAGCAAAACCACCAACUUGAGGGUUAUUGACACAUUUCAAGGUGGUGGUAAUCUCUGAGCAAAAGAAAUAGUAAUCUGGUUUAUAGAACAAAGCUGACAAAAAGAUAUAAGAGAUUAUGAGUGCGGUCGGCCUCGUUCUGCUGGUGUUGUCUUCUUGUUGCUUGUCUUUGCUGGAUUCCCAACAGAUCACUCAUCCUCUUGAUGUUAGUGCUCUGCACGCUGUUCGUCGCAAACUGAAGGACCCUAUGAAUCAUCUUCAAGACUGGAAAAAGACGGAUCCAUGCGCCUCUAAUUGGACUGGUGUUUUCUGCAUCGCUGAUCCUUCCGAUGGCUAUCUUCAUGUUAAAGAGUUGCGGUUGCUGAAUUUAAACCUCACAGGAACACUUGCACCUGAACUCAGCCAUCUAGCGAACCUCACCAUAUUGAACUUCAUGUGGAACAAUCUAACGGGUCAGGUUCCACCAGAAGUAGGCAACUUGACUCAUCUCAUCUUCUUGCUGUUAAGUGGAAAUCAACUGACGGGGACUUUGCCUCAAGAACUCGGCUCUCUUUCCAAUCUCUUAAUCCUUCAGAUAGACUACAACGGCAUCAGCGGAGACCUUCCAACGUCCUUAGCAAAUCUGAAAAAACUGAAGCACUUCCACAUGAACAACAACUCAAUCACGGGUCAGAUUCCCCCUGAGUACUCUUCCUUAUCUGACGUUCUGCACUUCUUGAUGGACAAUAACAAGCUAACUGGAUAUCUUCCACCUGAGCUCUCUCAGAUGGCAAGCUUAAAAAUUAUACAACUGGACAAUAACAACUUUGUUGGGACAGAGAUCCCAUCUUCCUAUGGAAAGAUACCCAAUCUCGUCAAACUGAGUCUCAGAAACUGCAAUUUAGAAGGACCCGUUCCUGAUAUGAGCAGAUCACCGGUUCUCUAUUACUUAGAUUUAUCUUCCAACAAACUCACAGGAGAGAUUCCCAACAAGAGGUUUUCUGGGAACAUCACAACUAUUAACCUGUACAACAAUAUGCUCAACGGAUCCAUCCCUUCAAAAUUUUCAGGCCUUGCACGUUUGCAGAGACUGUCUCUGAAGAACAACAACUUAAGCGGGGAGAUUCCUGUGAUAUGGGAGAAGAUUAGCUUUACUGCAGAGGCGAAACUGAUCCUGGACUUGAGGUACAACUUGUUUACAAAUGUGUCAAACGUUCUAAACCCUCCUUCCAAUGUCACGGUCAAGCUUUACGGAAACCCAGUUUGUGCAAGAGUAAAUGAGCCAAACAUAGCUGAUCUCUGUGGCGUCUCAACAGCAGUAGACGUGGUGGAAUCUCCUGGAAGUUCUUCGGACAACUCGAGCAGCACGGGAGAAUGCAAACGACAAUCCUGCCCCGUGAGCGAAAACUACGAAUACGUGAUUGGUUCUCCAGUUCCAUGUUUCUGCGCUGCACCAAUUGGGAUUGGACUUCGGCUUAGGAGUCCAAGUUUCUCUGACUUUCGACCUUACACAGUGGCCUAUAUGCUCGAUGUGGCAUCCAAUCUCGGGAUAAAUCUCUAUCAGCUGUCUAUUGAAUCAUUCUCGUGGCAAUCGGGUCCAAGGCUAGCCAUCAACAUGAAGGUUUUUCCAGAUUUGAACAGUAAAUUCAACUCAACGGAGCUUCCACGCAUUGUUGACUUCUUUGCAACUUUCUCUCUGGAUACCGACGAUUCUCUUGGCCCCUACGAGAUUAUCUAUAUCAACCUCCUGGGUCCUUACAAAGACGGUAAUAGUAUAAUAAUAGUGUCUUGUCUACUCAGCAACUUUAACAAAAUCCUAUUGUGUGAACCAAAAGAGUACGUAAAGUUUUGUGUGUGUUGCAUGCAUGUAGUUACUCUCAACUUAUACCCGAGUAAGUCGGGAAUGAGCAAAGGUGUCAAAAUUGGAAUCAUUGUAGGAGGAACCAUUGCUUUCUUCCUUGGCUUAUCCUUUCUAGCAUUGCUCCUCUUCUUCAUCAAGAGAAAAGCUAAGCAUGUCCAACAACAACAAGAGCCGAUCCCUAAAUCUCCAAUGAACAUGGAAAGCGUGAAGGGUUACAAUUUCAUGGAACUUGAUACAGCAACAAGCAGUUUCAGUGACCUGUCUCAGAUUGGCAGAGGAGGCUAUGGGAAGGUCUACAGAGGGCAUUUACCAUGUGGCCUGAUUGUGGCGGUCAAACGUGCAGAGCAAGGAUCUCUUCAGGGCCAAAAAGAGUUCUACACAGAGAUCGAGUUGCUCUCACGGUUACACCACCGAAACCUUGUUUCUUUGCUUGGCUACUGCGAUCAGAAAGGAGAACAGAUGUUGGUAUAUGAGUUCAUGCCCAACGGUUCUCUUCAAGACGCACUCUCUGCGAGGUUCAGAGAGCCGCUGAGUUUCGGGCUAAGAUUGAGAAUAGCACUGGGGUCAGCGAGGGGGAUAUUGUAUCUGCACACAGAGGCGGACCCGCCAAUAAUCCAUCGAGACAUCAAACCCAGCAACAUUCUUCUGGACAACAAGAUGAACCCUAAAGUGGCAGACUUUGGAAUCUCAAAGCUCAUAGCACUAGACGGUGGAGGUGUGCAAAGGGAUCACGUAACUACCAUCGUCAAAGGCACCCCUGUAUGUCGUUGUUCCUAAUAAUAAGGAUACGUGGAUCCAGAAUACUACUUGAGCCACAGGCUGACAGAGAAGAGUGACGUGUACAGCAUGGGGAUUGUGUUUCUGGAGAUUCUGACAGGAAUGCGCCCAAUCUCACACGGGAGGAACAUCGUCCGAGAGGUGAAGGAAGCGUGGGAAGCCGGGAUGAUGUUGUCGGUGAUAGACGAGAGCAUGGGGCAGGACUACUCUGAGGAGGGGGUGAAGAGAUUCAUGGAGCUGGCCAUCAGAUGCUGCCGGGAUGACCCAGUAGAGCGCCCAGGGAUGCUGGAGAUCGUGAGGGAGCUCGAGAACCUGUUUACAAAGGAAGAGAAGCCAUAUUCAAGCCCGUCGGUGCAAUCCUCUGCUUCAGGCUUCUUCGCUGCAGGGCUUGGCUCUUAUAAUAACCACAGUACAUUCUCACAAUUCACAGCUAACGAACUCGUCAGUGGCGUCAUCCCCUCCAUCGCUCCCCGCUAAUAAUAUUUCUUCUUUAUUGUGUGUUCAGUUCUUUAGGUGUGCAGUUUGCUUCCCCGUUCUCUCCUACUUAUUGUAUUAUAUAAGCAAAACAAUGAGGAAAAAGCCAAUAAAGCUAUCUUUUUUUUUUU